GAUUCCCUACAGGGUGGAAAAGCGAAGCUAGCUUAGCUAACAUUUGGUUAGCGCCACAUCGAAAGGAAAAAAAAGCUUCCUGACGCCGACGGUUGUUAUGUUGUGAGCUAUAUGUAUCUGCGCGUGGUUAUGGUGAGGUUAAGUAACCGAAUAUAAAGGCUAGUCAGUCAGUUUUCAACAGUAACCAGCCGUUAUGGAUGCAGUGAACGCGUUCAACAUGGAGCUGUUCUCCAUGAUUGACAUGAAGCCGCCAAUAUCCCGCGCUAAAAUGAUGUCUGUAACAAAAUCAGCCAUCAAAGCUAUCAAGCUUUACAAACAUGUUGUCCAGAUUGUUGAAAAGUUCAUUAAGAAGUGCAAGCCUGAAUUAAAGGUUCCUGGUUUGUAUGUGGUUGAUUCGAUUGUUCGACAGUCGCGUCAUCAGUUCGGUGUUGACAAGGACGUAUUUGGUCCCAGAUUCUUAAAAAACUUCUCAGAGACCUUCCAAAACCUUUAUCGCUGCCCAGAGGAUGAUAAGACAAAAAUUGUCCGUGUCCUUAACCUGUGGCAGAAGAAUGGUGUGUUUGACAUGGACAUUCUUCAGCCUCUAAUGGAUAUGGCGAAUGGUAUCAUUGCACCUCGCCCUGCAGAGGAAGCUCCCGCUGAGCCCCAACCAGAGACACGGCCUCCUGUCAGUAAUGUCCCAGUCGUGCCUGCAGUGCCCCAGCUACCGAGUCCUGAUGCUUUAGCUGCUGUGGCACAGCUGUUUCAGUCCCCUCAUGGUCAGGAGCUGCAGAGGAUGCUCCAGAACAUCCAGCAGGCAGAUAAGACUCUAGCAGCCACCACUGAAAACAACAUACCACACCAACCCCAGAUCCCACUGGCUCAGCUCAACGCAUACAGCGCACACACCGAAAAGAAAAGCUCUUUAGCCGAGAAACUCCUUGACCGAUUUGACUAUGAUGAUGAACCUGAAGACAUAACAGCUACUGAAGGCAACGUUCACUCACAACCUGAAACUAUGAUGACCCAGUUUCCUGGUCAGGUGCACAACACAGGUGUUAACCAGCAUAUGAUGGGUCAGACUGAGGAUAUAAAGCACAGAGGAGGAAUGAGUCAUACUCAACAUCACAUGAUUCCAGAUGGAUACCAAUCCACAAAUGAGGUUUACUCUCAGUCCCGGGGAAGUUCAAGAGAAGAUUUAUCUAUGAGGCGGGAAGGCCGACACAGAGGCCAUGGGAGAAGAUCCAGAUCCAGGUCUGGAUCCAGGUCUCCAAGGAGAAGAAGAUCAAGAUCUUCAUCGCGCUCAAGAAGGUCAAAGCGUUCUCACUCCCGAGAACAGCACUGGAGAUCUCGCUCUCGUUCUCAGGAUAGGAGUGAAAGAGAGAAGGACCGAGAGCGCAGGCAGAAAGGUCUUCCCAGCAUCAAGAGUCAGACGCUAAGUGUUUGCAGUACUACACUGUGGGUUGGACAACUAGACAAGAAAACUCAGCAGUCUGAUGUGAUGUGUCUUUUGGAAGAGUUCGGGCAGAUCGAGUCCAUCAAUAUGAUUCCUCCCAGGGGUUGUGCCUAUAUUGUUAUGGUUCACAGGCAAGAUGCCUACACAGCCUUGAACAGACUCAGUAGGGGGUCAUACAAAGUCAAUCAGAAACCAGUUAAGAUUGCUUGGGCUUUGAAUAAAGGUAUAAAACCAGCUCACAAAAAGUUCUGGGAUGUCGAGCGGGGAGUUACCUACAUCCCGUGGAGUAAAGUCAAAGUGGAGGAGCUGCAGAGCUAUUGCGAAGGGGGAAUGCUGGAUGUGGACACACUAAAUCCAGAGUGGACUGUUACCAAGGACAUCAACAAUCAGGCAGCUGUUAAUGGACUGUUGGAAGGUUUACCAGAUGGGAUCGCCUCUGCUCACGUUCAGUUGGCACCAGUUCCACAGACAGAGCUCAUUGGAAGUCCGCCUGCUUUCUCGGGCCCUAUUAUGCUGUCUCCUACAUCCAUGCCUCCAGCAGGAGCUGCUUUCAUCCACACAGAGUUUGACCCCACAAAGUUGGCAGCAGCAGGAAGUGUAAAAUCUCCAGAGAUGUCCACAGAAGAUCCUAAAGGAGACAACGGUCGUGUCGAUUCCAUGACCGCCAACCUGCUGGGGCCUCGAGCAUCACCAGUGAUGACCCUGCCGAGCCCUGCGAUCAUGCAGGGACCCAGACUGGGUAUGCCACGGCUGCAGCCUCCUCCCAGCUUGACGAAUCCUCAUAUGCCUCCUUUCCUCUCACCGCCAAGCAUGCCGCAAAUGAUGCCUGGAGGACCCAUGUUUCCAUCCGACAGGUUCAGAAUGCCUAUGCAGUUCCCUCCUCGUGGCCCCCCUUUCCAUCGACAUCCUUCCAUGGGACCUGAGAGCAUGAAUGAUAGGGAAGGAAGGCAAUUCCGAAAUGGGAGGCCUGGAUUUGGGGGUCCUCCCUUUCACAGAGGGAGGUGGUAGAGGCCAGGGCAAUAAUAAUGAACCCAUGGGGGGGUGGGGGUGGAACCACUGUGACAAGGACUGCUGUGACCUGUGGGUGGUGCAAAGAAACUUUAAAAUUGCUAUAGCACCAGAUCCCUUUCCUGGUGGAAAGACACCAGGAAAUAUAGCUGAAGGAAGACACUGUGUUCUGAUGGUGGUACCGACUCUAAGUUCACCACACAAGAGACUUGUUGCUCUACAUACUGUACUUGCUCGUAGCUGUUUGCUCUCUUUUUGUAUACUCAAAGUUGUGGAGUGUAUGCUUGAGUCUGUAAUUGGUAGGUGCAGGUAUAAACAAAGGCAGUGUCUGUAUUCCUUUACUGGAGUUUUGUGUAUGAAGAAAAUUCUAUAACAUUUUUGGUAUUUUGUUUUUAGUAAACUUGCCUUUGUACUACACUGAUAUUUAAGUCUUCUCAUGAAGAAGGUGGAUUUCAUUUGAAGACGAUUUCACGUCCUGCCAGUAGAGGGUAGAGUAAACCCUGUUUCCAAGGCCAACCUCUGUUGUACAUUAAGGUCACACCUUGUAGGAUCAUGUGGAGUGAAUAUUAAA